GCACCGAAUUAACGGUGAAUUAAAUUGAGAAUUAUGUGCGGAAUAUUUGCAAUAUUCUCCAGCGACGGAUCGCCUAUAGAGGCACAGUGUUUGGAUGGCUGCAAGCAUAGUCUUCGCGAGUUGGCCUAUAGGCAGAGUGGCAGACAGCGGCAUCGUGGACCCGACUCGACGGGCGUCCAGAUUGUACCAGAACACGGAGUGGCCAUGGUCCACGAGCGACUGCGCAUUGUCGGAGUUGAAUUGGGUGACCAGCCAUUUGUCUCGGAUGAUGGCAAUCUAUUGCUGGUGGCCAACGGUGAGAUCUACAACUAUCUAGAACUAUCUGCGCAGAUAGCGAAAAGACGUGGCGGCUAUAAGCCAAAGAGUGACUGCCACGUCAUAUUGGAACUGUAUCAAGAUUACGGCGUAGAGUUGCUGCAGCAUAUCACGGGCAUGUUCGCGUUUGCAUUAUAUGACAAGACCACCAAGGAGGUGUUGAUGGCACGUGAUCCGUUUGGGAUUAUACCCAUGUACAUUGGCGAGGAUGCCAAGGGCAACAUAUGGGUGGCCUCCGAGAUGAAAUGCCUGACUGCCUGCUGUGAGAAGUUGGAGACUUUCACGCCGGGCGAGGCGCGCUUCGGGCGAGUGGGCGCUAUGCGUCGCUGGCGGUACUUCGAACAGCCCUGGAUGAAGCAGAUUCCCAACUUGCCCUGCGACCUGUCGCUGCUGAGGAGCAGCUUGGAGUCCGCCGUGCGCACCCAUCUGCAGUGCGAUGUCCACUUUGGAGCACUGCUCUCUGGCGGCGUCGACUCCAGCUUGAUAGCAUCAAUUGCCACAAAGAUUAUGCGUGAGACCGAUCCGGACUACAGAUUGAAGACCUUCUCGGUGGGCCUGCGAGAUGCUCCGGACUUUGAGGCGGCUCGACAAGUGGCGAAGUACAUAGACAGUGACCACACGGAGCUCGUUUUUGAGAUUGAGGAUGCACUGGACGGCAUCCGGGACAUUGUUUAUCAUCUGGAAACCUACGAUGUGACAACUGUCAGAUGCAGCCUGCCCAUGCUGCUGCUGGCUCGUUACAUUAAGAGCACCGGCAUCAAGAUGAUCCUCUCUGGGGAGGGCGCAGAUGAGAUCUUUGGCGGGUAUCUCUACUUCCACAAGGCGCCCAACUAUCAGCAGUUUCACGAGGAGCUGGUUAAGCGUGUGCAGCAGCUGCAUUUGUCCGACUGCUUGCGCGCCAACAAAGUGUCCAUGGCCAAGGGUGUGGAGCUGCGUGUGCCCUUCCUGGACACGGAGUUCGUCAACUAUGUGAUGAGCAUACGGCCACAGGACAAGAUUCCUGGGCCUCUAAAUCAAUUCAAGGACGAGCAGAAAUCCAGGCUGGAGAAAUUUGUGUUGCGCGCUGCCUUUGCCAACGACUAUUUGCCGGAUUCAGUGCUCUGGCGCCAGAAGGAACAGUUCUCGGAUGGCGUCGGCUAUGAAUGGAUCAAUAGCAUCCGUCGCGUCGCCACCAGCCACGUGGAAGACGCGGAGUUUGCGGCAGCUGCCGAGAGAUAUCCAUACAAUACGCCAACGACAAAGGAAGCAUACUACUACCGCACCAUCUUUGAGCAACAGUUUCCAGGAGAUGCAGCAGCUCGGACAGUGGUGCGAUGGGUGCCACGCCUUGAUUGGGGCUGCCCAGAAGAUCCAUCGGGUCGGGCACAGGCGGUUCACCAGAAUUGUUCAAAGUAAUAAAAGACUGAAGCCAGACUGAAGCCAUACAA